GAGCAGAUGAUAGGGGAUAGGAAGUGAAUUUGUUUUUGCUAACAAAGUAUAGUUAACAAUGUGAAAAGUUAAUUAAAUAAAAUCAUGAUAUAAUAAUAACAAACAUAACUUAACAGCUUCAAUAUAAAAAUAUUAAAUGAAUAAAAAGUUUUAUAAAAAUGAAAGUUACGAUUUGGUUUCUUUUGUGUAUGUAUUUUUCUCUUUUUUGCUUGGGUUUAACAGUUUCAACUACAAAGCCAUGUAAGCUACGAGAAACCAAUUUUGGUUCGGUGUGCGUUUGCACUGCUGAAUACUGCGAUUACUUGGAGAAUCCGAAGCCUGAAGAACCAAAUCAACUGAAUAUCAUUUCUUCAAGCAAGUCAGGGUUACGUUUUGAGGAAACGAAGGGUACGUUUAAUACUACAGAAAUACUAAAGAUUAUUGAUUUUAGAAGCCAAAGCAAGAGUCUUGAAAAUGAUUACGAAUUUGCAGCCUUUGAUUCUAUUGCACUUGUUAUUGACAACUUCAAAGGAACUGUGCAGCUCAAGACUGGAUCCAACACAAAUUCUUCUGGGAAAACAUUCAAAAUGCGUAUGUCCACAAUUGAAGUAAAUCGAGAUAAAAAAUAUCAAAAAGUUUCCGGAUUUGGUGGAGCACUUACUGGUACUGUCUCAUAUCUCAUCCAGAAACUAAACACAGAGGUACAGGAUCACAUCUACCGUUCAUAUUUUGCCGAAUCUGGUAUUGGAUAUAAUAUGCUGCGUACCUCUAUAGGCGGUUGUGAUUUUGAUUUAGAACCUUGGGCCUAUAAUGAACAACCGGAGAACGACAAAAACCUUAGCAAUUUUACUAAACUCGAUAAACGCGAUGAACAAAAAAUAGAGCAAAUAAAACGUCUGAAGACUAUAUCUGGAUUUCAUGAUGUAAAAAUAAUGGCAGCUGCCUGGAGUCCACCAAAAUGGAUGAAAUCAAACAAUAACUGGACAGGGUUUAGUUACUUGUUGCCUGAAUUUUAUCAAACUUGGGCAAAUUAUCAUCUGAAAUUCAUUGAAUUAAUGCAUGCCAAAAAUUUGACGAUUUGGGCCAUUUCAACUGGCAACGAGCCACUAAAUGGAGUCAUUGGCUGGUUUUUCGUGCAUUUCAUGAGCCUAGGUUGGACACCGAGCAAUCAGGCAAUUUGGUUGAACGAUUAUUUGGGUCCUACAAUACGAAAUUCCAACCAUAAAAACGUUUUAAUAUUUGGCAAUGACGAUCAGCGCUAUACUUAUCCGGCAUGGUUUCAAAAAAUGAAAACCUCACGUCCGGACUCCUUAAAUUAUUUAGAUGGAUUUGCUGUGCACUGGUAUUGGGAUGACAUAUUCGCACCAUAUUUAAUUGAUGAGGUACAUAAUGCUAUGCCUGAAAAGUUAUUGCUAAAUACUGAAGCUUGCGUUGGAGAUAAACCUUGGCAAACGCAUGGUCCUGAACUAGGUUCCUGGUCUAGAGCAGAGCAGUAUAUACGCGAUAUUUUACAAGACUUGCAACAUAAUUUUAAUGGUUGGAUUGAUUGGAAUCUGAUACUUGAUGAAAAUGGUGGUCCUAAUUAUGUUCAAAAUCAUGUAGAUGCACCCAUUAUUGUAAACACUAAAAAUCCAACAGAAUUUUACAAACAACCAAUAUUUUACGCUAUCGGUCACUUUUCCAAAUUUUUGGCAGAAGGAUCUGUACGUAUUGAAACUACCUCAACAAAUAUAAAAGUCGAUGUCGUAGGAUUUCAGAGACCGGAUGGUACUCUCGCUAUUAUUCUAUUCAACAGCGACCGUGACGCAGUGGAUCUCUUACUCAAUGACAAUGUACGUGGUAAAGUUUGGAUCCGUGUACCCCCAAACUCAGUACACACUAUUAUCUAUAAAUAAAAUGGCACUGUUUAUUUAGAUGUAUUUUUGUAUUCUAAAUGAAUAUUUUUAUUUUUAAUUAUUUAAUAAGUUUUAGCAUAUAUUGCAUGCAAUGAUCUUAUAAUAUUUAUUUUGUAAUAAUUGUUCUGAUAUUUAUCAUAUUUUUUCUU